AACACGUCAAGCACGUCGCUCUUCGCAUAACCUGAAAAUCACCCGAGAUCGUCAGCGUCUCGCAGCGGGAAGCUGUCAAAAUUGCCGCUAAGAAAUUCUCGCGGUGCACUUCUCCGCUAUUGGAUGUCCUGGCAGCCUCCGGGAUCUUCCUUCCAAGGUUCGGUUCGGCAAAGCACGCGACCGCAGACAUUCACCUGUCCCUUGUGCCUCUAAACCCACACCUCUCCGCCACUCGUCUACCGCGACUACAGGCUCUGCUGUGCCACCAAAGAACGUGUCCCUGGCGCACCGCGACCUUCUUUGCUCUUUCCGAUGCUUCAGUGCCUGGCGAGACCCCUGUCGUAACACACAUGAACCUGCGCGUCUCCAAGAAAAGCACCCGGCUCUGACACCGACCCACUAUCCACACUUGAUGACGGAAGCUGCACGACGAUCAAAUGGAGCUUCGCCAGACAACAUGGCCGAAUCCAAAGAAACAGACAAGGACAAAGUUGCCCCAGAUAAUGACGUGUCCAAAGCCCAUUCUCCUGCGAAGAGCAAACCCAAUGCGACCAAUUCUGAGGCGCCUGCAAAGCCACCAAAAAAGCGUAGAAAAGUAAACCAUGCAUGCAUCUACUGCAGACGUUCGCACAUGACCUGUGAUCUCGAGCGACCAUGCACACGCUGUGUAAAACGAAAUAUUGGACACCUCUGUCACGACGAGCCGCGUGAAGGUGUUAAGAAGUCCAAGUCUGAGCCAGAGAAUGGUGAUGGACAGAGUCAGCCCACUCAGGUCGAGUCAACUCCCUCCGAUGCAGCAUCAACGGCCGCUCCACCAGUUCCGGAUGCAGGGCUUAACCUGGCCACGCAUCCAGUACCUCCUAAUAGGGAUGCCAGCACAACAUCAGGUACCCGAAACGACCCCGUAUCCGCGCCACAAUUGCCUGCUUUGACGGCUGGUAGUCAGCCUUUUUUGGGUUACGAUGGUUUGCUCUCAUCUCAGAACAACCUUCAGGACAUGCAAUUCCACCCUUCAUAUAUGUUCAAUACCUCAGAAGUUAGCAAUGAGUAUAACCUGCUCAACGAUUUCCUCAACAACAGUCUCAUGGAUGACGGUGCAUUCUAUGGAGGCAAUGACUUCCACAGUCUCUUCACCGAUGCCUCACUCAUGAACCAGAUGGACUCUCUGAAUAGCAAUUCUGCCUACAGUGCAAGCACAUCAAGACCGCCCCAAUUACUUCCACCUCCCGCGCAGAAUGCCGCUGGGAAUGCUACAUCACGACAAGCAGCUGGGGUCCCCAUCGACAAGGCCAGAGAAAGAUACCUCGUCACAGCCGCCGACCCUGCUGGAAACGACAGUCCUGAAGAGCGCAUGAACAAACUACUCAAAGCGAAAGUCGACGCAGGGCUCCUAAAACCUUUCAACUACGUCAAGGGGUAUGCCAGAUUAAACCAGUAUAUGGAACAAAACCUGCAGCAGGCAUCUCGCAUCCGCGUACUUCGCCAACUAGAUCGCUUCCGGCCCAAGUUCCGCGAGCGAAUGCAGAGCCUGACGGACGUCGAUCUAGUACGCAUUGAGAUGUGGUUCGACAAGAGCUUAAUGGAGUACGACCGCGUCUUCGCUAGCAUGGCGAUACCUGCGUGCUGCUGGAGAAGAACAGGCGAGAUAUAUCGCGGCAACAAGGAAAUGGCGCGGCUCAUCCACGUACCGAUGUCGAAGUUGCGAGACGGUAACAUCGCUCUGCACGAGAUCAUUGCCGAACCAUCCUUGGUAUCGUAUUGGGAGAAGUUUGGCGCCAUCGCAUUCGAUCAUACGCAGAAAGCUAUUCUGACGAGUUGCUCCCUGAAGAAUCCAGAUCCGCAUUCCAAGGAUCCAGAGAUACGGUGUUGCUUUUCAUUUACGGUGAAGCGAGAUGCUUGGAAUAUACCGGCGUUGAUUGUGGGUAACUUCCUUCCUAUCACUGAGGCUACGUCGGGGUCGCUACCAGCUUCGUAGAACCUUUAUGGCAAGUUCACUGCUCACCGGCGGCAUUGAACUGUAGUUUGUAAUGAGUUGAGGAUGUAGCAACAUUGGACUUGGAUGUCUAGAUGCAUCCACCAGAAAAAGUAUGUACACAAUCUGUUGUGAAGGUAAUUAGGACUGCGGCAAGAGGCUUACUUCAACAUGUAUAUCCUAUUGCUUGCAUUUUUAUCUGAUUGUAUUUGUUCUUCCGUCUCUAAUUCAGAU